GCGUUCUCUACCAAGGUAGUGAAUUUUUAGACAUAAAUAAAUUAUAGUAAUUAGUGAAAUAAGAAAUUUAAAUUAAAUAUAAUAUUAGAAAGAAAAAGACAAUAAAUAGGCUAAUAAAGAAGAUGAAGUAAUGCAAUACAGUGAUAAUUAUUUUCGGUAUAUUUUUACAGUAUGGAGAUAAUUUGCAAGAUUUUACUUUUCAGUUGACUUCGAAACAUAAAAUAUGAAACGAAAACGAAAAUUCCGUUUCCUGCUAUUAAUAUAUGUCUGUGUGUUAUUAAAAGAAGUUUCGUCCUUUACGACGAAUAAUUUUAAACGACACGACGUGUCUCAGCGCGAAAUUGCUGAUACCUACAGCGACACUCGUAAUAAUGACAUGAAAAAGAGGACGUUACAUAAUGACGGGCAUACUGAAAUUAUAGAUAUACAUACUUCAAAUCACAACAAACUUUUGCAAUUAAACACAUACAAUCACAUCAACAAGAAAAGCAACAUUCGACAGACUUCAUCGAACCAUAAAACAAGAAAACGAGACAAAGUUCCAAUACAACCUGACAAAAUAGACGUAAAUACGGGACAAAAACGCGCUAAUUUACGAGAAAGCGAGCUUACGUUUACUGCUAAUUCGCAUUUACAUUCAGAUAUCUUAAAAUCUCAAAAAACUGCAAAAGAUAAAAUCGAAAAAGAUGCUACUGAAAAGUCGAGUAAUGAAAAAGAAAUUGAAAAGGAAACAGAAGAAGAAGCUAAAGAUUAUUACGGAAGCAAAUCAAGACCCGCCAAAAGUUGUCGCGACCUCUUUCUGACCAAUCGGAAUACCCCUUCCGGAAAUUAUUGGAUUAAAACAGCUGACGAUGAGCUUCUCAUGGUUUACUGUAUGAGAAGCAUGUACUUUGAAGGAAAUCAUACUGAUAACUCAAAUCAUUCGAAAACAGUUUCCUCAACGACUAUAUUAAUUAAUAAACCAGACACUGCAACCAAAGUAGUGAACAUGAUAUCACAUGAAGAGAAAGAUCCGGAUCAGCUGCAAGGAGGUACAUGGCCAUUUGGCAAUGCUCAAAAGGAUAUGCCUGAAAUGGCGAAAUUUCUUGAGACAAAUAAUAUAUCCAUUCCAACAAUACCACAAAAUACUAACAGUGUUAAGGAAGAAAAAAAUCAAAGUGAAAAAACAAACCAAAAGUUAAAACCUACUGCUAAUGCAAAGAUAGCUGACUCAACUCCAAUGGAAAAAGAAAAAGGCAAAGCAGAACAGAAUUUUCCUCCUAAAGUACCCCUUGUUAAUCCAGCUCCAAAUACACGACCCACUGGUCCUUCAAACUCGAUGAGAAAGGAACAACCUACACCUAAUCCAACAAGAGGUAGCAAAAAUACAGUACAAAAAGAGAAUAAAGCGAAUGUGCUACCGUAUGCAACGCUCGUUCCAAAACCUCCACCACCUACGGAACCUAUGACAAGAAGGCCUAAAAGAACAACGACACAGAGAACCACACCCCGACAGACUACCCCAUUUCGUACAACACAUCUGAGAACUAGUCCAAAUAAAAUGAGACCAACACUAUUACCUUACCGUCAGACCCCGACGCGCAAAAUAACACCAACACGAAGGAAAACUACAAUAAAAGUGAAAACAACUGUUGUACCUACACGACUCCCUCUGCUUAAAACUUCAAUUCCACCGACACUGCAUAAGGUUACUCCUACAAGACCAAGCACAAAACAUCAGGUGAAACCAGAAACGUUAGAAGAAUUUGAAGAGUCGUCGGCAAAGAAACUAGUGGAAUCAAAGAAACCAGCUGACCCUAAAAGUCAAGGAGAAACCAAACCACCUUCUAAGGAAAAUCUACCCCUUCCAGGAGAAAUAGCAUUUUCUUCUGGAAACAAACAGCAAUCUGGAAUUGUUCAGACGAGUCUACCAACGAAGCAAGAGGUAACAUUAAUGAGUCCCGAACAGAGACAUUCAGCACAAAAGGUGACAACAUCAGUUCAACAAAAUCAGGAGACAAAGACUGUUGCUGGCUCGCCAAGUUCUAGUGAAGUUGCAAUGCCUCCUCCGGAAUUACCUCCACCACCAGAAAGAUCUUCAAAGAACGCUCCGUUUGUACUAGUGAAUGGUGCUUCAUCUGACCCAAAGGAAGAUGCAAGUCACAUUCAAAAGGUUCAAAAAGCUAUUGAAUAUAACGCUCUCAGUGGUGACAACCAAGUUAUUCCAUCUUCCUCUGCAUCAGGACAACCAAACACGCAGACGCAGAAGAUCAUACCCCAAGUAGCUUUACCUGAGCAAAAUACAAUUUUGGCCGCAGCCCCUGUUGUAGCUGUAUCUUCAUCGAAGCCUAUAUCUGUGAAGGGAUCGACUUCUUCCUCACCCGACACAAUAACACAAACAAUAAUACCAGAAGAAAAGAUAUCGAGUUCUGCUGCGAAACAAGAAAACCUUGCCCAAAUAUCUCCACCACUACCGUUAGCUGCUUCGGCAAAACCGUUAGGCCAGCCAGAAACGAACCCGGUAAAAGUUGAAAAAGUUUCAUUGCAAAAAAGUGAACCAGUUGCUUUGACGAUCUCUCCUCGUCCAGAUGGUACCGUCCAAGUUAUUCCACAAGUUGCAGCCCAACCUGCUCUUACUGCGGAUCAACUCAAUUCUGUUACUAUGGAGUCUGCUGAUCCACCUAAAUCUUCCGUUAAGGAAGAAUAUUCUCCUCUAAAAUCAGUUUCGGACAAUAGUAACGCAGUCACCGCUCCUGUAAAAGGUAUUCCUGCUAAUGCAGCAAAUAGUGAAGUCGAUAAUAGCGUGAAGAUGCAAAUACAAGGCGCCACCAAAUCGUUUUCAAAGGUGAAAAAUUUAGGAGUGGCUGGAGAUUUAGGAGAUUUGCAAGAAGAAAGACCAUCUGUCGAAGUAAAUCAAAAUAGUAUGGAUACAGAUGAAUUAUUUGGACGAAGAAAAGUACCAAGAUUGACUCCAAAUAAAGAGGAUCUGAAUCCCGAAUUAGCAAUAACUAAAGAUUAUAAAACAGCUAUGGAGUUUGAAACACAGGCUCAGGUUCGUAGUUGGUCCAACAAAGAUGAGAAAAUGAUGGCAAAACAUGUUUUUAACGACCAGUAUAAAAGUUUUGACCCAAGCGAAAAAGAUUUAAAGGCUAAAAAACCUUCCAUUGAGAACGCACAUGCAAGGAGUUGGGCAAACAAUCAAAUCGAAAUGAAAAAUAAGCAAAUACAGAACCAAUAUGAUAAUUUUGAAAAAACAGAGAAAGAAAUAAAAGAGGAAGAAAGAAAAAAUCAGUAUACAAAACAAUACAAUGAUUUUGAAAAACCUGACAACGAAACAUCAAGUAACAACACUUCAAACGAAUCACAAGCUGAUGACAAACAACAAAACGAUGGAGAUAAAAAAGAGGAGGAGCACAAGGAAAGUAAAAAACAGACGGAAGACGAUAAAGAAAAGAAAAAAGAGACGGCAGACGACAAAGAAAAGAAAAAAGAGACAGCAGACGACAAAGAAAAGAAAAAAGUGACGGCAGACGACAAAGAAAAUAGAAAAGAGACGACGAAAGAAGAGGAAGGAAAAAACAAACAAGAAGAUAACAAAACAAAAAACGAUGAAAGUAGGAACAAAGAAGAAAAAGUAGCGAAUGAGAAUAAACAAAAGGAAGAUUCUAAACCUGAGGACGGUCAGGAUGAUUAUGCUAAUUAUUUAAAUAGGAUUGACAACGAUCCUGCUAAAAAAAGCAAGAACGAAACAGAAGCGAGAAAUGAAACGUCUUCACAAGUUAGUUACCCAACUCCAAUUCCUACAAACAGUUCAACACCGUACAACAACCACACAAAUGACCUAAUCAAAGUUAGUGACGGAUCCCCAACUAUGUAUACUAACGCCCCACUUGGAACAAGUGUUAGUAACGCAACAACUCUUAAACAAAUUGACGGUCAAACUGUCCCUGUUGAAGAGGCAAAUGCAACUGUUGCUUUGACAGCUCGUAAGCGUGAAAAAGGAUAUGAAAAACCCUUCAAGCGAAAGAUUGAUCCUAAUGAAAUACUAACAAAUCCCAAACCACAAGAAUCGUAUACCGGCUCACGUAAAAAUAUCGUUUACGAUAAUGACAACGACGAUGCAUUGUCAUCGUUUUUUUGGAAACAUUCUGAUGAAGAAAACAAAUUCAAGCAUCAGUUAAAACAAAUCAGUGGCCCGCCUAACCAUAGUACACGAGAAUAUAUACUUCCUGGAACUUAUCCUGGCUUGAUCAACCAGGGAAUGAAAAACGACAAUAACGAAGAUCCAACUGCAGAUAAUACGAAUAAAAAACAUAACAUACAUGAACAAAGUGAUGAAAGCAAAUACGACUUAUAUAGCAGGUUGCAUAGGAAAAAAACUAUGGUUCACAAGGAGGCUCAUGGGGUUCAGAAGGAUGGAGGCACUGAUGAUGACGAUGGAAAGCCAAGUAACAUAUACGUAGACAAUAGAGUUUUCAUCUACGGAAAUGUAAAAGGUGACGGAGAUGAGCCGCCGACAGUUGACCAAACAAUGUCAAAAAACGAUAAAGAUGGAGUCGAGAAAAUUGAAAGAAAGUUGAAAUUUGAUGGAGGAUCUCCUAAAAAUGCGGAAAAUGGUCUUUCUGAAACGAAUAUCUUAAGUCGCAGUGGCUCUUCUAAAUCUAGAAUAUAUGAAGCAGAUGAAACAAAAAUGUUGCCAUCAUACAUGCGUCCAAAUAUUGGGUUGCACAAACCACUGCAAGAAGUGCAGACGUUUGAUAAAAAGUACAAACUAAACGAUCUCCUUAAAGGAGCUAACAUAUCUGUAGAAAAUCAUGUUCACUCCACAGGUACGCUGAAGACAUUGGUAAGUGCUUCUCCCGAUGAGAAUGACGAAGAAAAUAAUUUUAAGAAUUCCAAGCACCCACUAAAAACAGUACCCAAUCCGUACAAUUUCAUUGUACCUGAAACUAGAAAGUUCUCCAUGAAUGGCGAAACUCCAGAUCGAGUGCAGGACAAUAAAAAGUACGAAGCCUAUUUCAAAAAUGAAAAGAAAAAAGAAAUUGAACAUAAAAAGAUGAUUAGUUUUAUUCGCGCGCAAGCCCUUAGUAAAGCUGAAGCCACGCUAGGAAAAUUCACCACAUCACGCCUCAAGCAGUUUGCGUAUAAACCAUCCCCGCACUUGGAUUCAGUAGCGUUUGUGAGAGAAAUAGAUCCAAACGGACACGGUAUACAAUCCGACAAAGACUCUUCUAGAUCUUUCUUGAAAACAAAAGGAGGUUACAAGAAACAUGGUCCAAUCAGCUUUGUGCAAGAAAACGAUGGCGCGGAAGUAAAAAUGUCCAAACCUGAAAAGAACUUAUAUACAUCCCUGAUUAAUCAAGAAAACCUACCAGGAGCAGAUAGUGGUCUUUUUACUGCAAAAUGGAAUGUGCAAGAUAUAAACAAACCGCUGUACAACAUUGGAACUAACAUGCAGGAUCUGGUAACUUCAGCACAGCAUAACAUGCAAGGAAUUCCUGGUUAUGAUCAGAAAGCUAGAGAUGAGGAAGAAAGGGCAAAGCAACAGAAGAACAGGCCUGCACCUCCGAACGUGCAGCAACAAAUUCCUCAAACAAAAAAACGACAUAAAAAGAAAAUCAAUGAUGAAGAACUACCUGGUAUGUUUAAACGAUGGCAAAUUACAACCGCACCAAUGUUUGGAAGACAGAGAUACGCAGACACAAGUUUUGAAGAUGGAGUGGAUGACAAAGAUAACUCGCAUGAAUGGAAACAUUAUAGCAUUCGCAAGAGAACAAACUUACCGACAAAUAAAAGAAGCAUGAUAGCACAAAAUCGUCGUCAUAAUCAUCGUCAUCGUCAUGAUAGCCGUCAUUAUUUAAAACAAACUUUACAGCACCAUUCGUCACAUCGAGAAAGACGCUCUAUAAACAAACGUCAAACAGUGAUCGCAACGAAGAUAUAUGACAGCACUAAACACCAUGCAUCAAAAGAACAUAACAAAACUGGCACUAAUUACCAUCAUUAUAAAAUAUGGGGAGCCAACUCGACAAAUUUUACUCCAAAGUUUAAAAAGCACUUCCCAGCAUACGAGAUUGGAAGUAGAAGGAAUCAGCUCCUGAAGAGUUUCCACCGACACCACCACGAUAGACACAGAAAACACGGCGUACCUACAAGCAGUUAUCUGACACAGUCCAAAGCGGCUCCAACUAAACUUGAAUACAUCUCUCAAGAGAUAAAAGAAUUAAAUCCUGCCAAAAGAGAGUUUUCACAUAUGUCUCAACAAAAAUUACAGGAAUAUAAGAAAGAGAUGUCGGAUGUAACCAAAGACAUCGUGGAAGCUAUUAAACGAUUGGAUAUCGAGUCUUUAGAACCACUGAAUGUUAAAAACAUUGAUAAGUUUGACGUGAAAAAUCAUACAUUAAAUGUCGUACACAAUGUUAAACAGAUCAAGAAACAUAGCAGUCCGGAAACACAAUCACUUAAACAAAGCAAAAUCCAACCAGCCAUCGAAACGGGAAAAGUUGGUAAUGUUAAAAUCAAGGAUAGCUCACAUAUGAUUGCGCAUGAUGUUAAACAGGUGUAUCACAACAAAAGCAAGGACAUAGCAAUAACACACAAAAGGUCAGACAAGACAUUAAGUAGCAUAAAACCUUUAGUCCACAAUAUCGAACAGUUCGCUCUUGAAGAUAUCAACUCGUUAACAUCCCGUCGUAAUGAAAAACCAGUACAUCGUGAGCAAACAAAAAGAAAAUCUUUUCAAACGCCUACUAAGAAACUUAGCAAAAAAGUUGGGACACUACGGCAAUCGUCCAAUGUCAAAAGAUUCAACAAAAAUGGAAAGCAGCAGUUUCGUGAAACACAACAGCACAUUAACUCAAAUAAAAAGCUCUACAAGAAAAAAACCUCUCAAACUGGUCUGGUUCAUGUGAGGCAAGACAUACAAGAGACUCCAAUAUUGCAUUUUGGUGACGUUAGCGCGUUUAACAAAAGCCGUAACAACACUUUAACGGUUAACCACAAUGUUCAAGCAAAAAAUCAAAACACAACCGAGAAAAUCAAUUUAACCAGCGCGAAAUUGGAGAAUCAAACGAAAGUUACCAAUGCGUCUGAUAGAACAAACGCGACGACCCCUACAACCAAUGAAACAUCUAACAAAGACACGACUGUACUCACAUUCCACAAUAUAGAUAAAAUGCACACGAUAAAAAACGAUACAUUAACUGUUGUGCAAAAUGUUCAUCCGUUACAUGCAAAUAAAUCGGAAAAUAAAAAUACAGUUAUGAAAAACUUCACAAGUCCAGGUGGACGAAAAACGAAAAUUUAUCAGCUGUCACAUGAUGAAGCGAGACAAAAUAUCUCAGAUGUUGAAAAACUGAAUGAUUCAAAUCAAGACAAUGUUACAAUAAGUACGAGCAACAUUGAUCGUCACGAGAUCGAUAAUAACACGUUGACAACUGUACAAAACGAUUCAAAUCAAGACAAUGUUACAAUAACUACGAGUAACGUUAAUCGACACGAAAUCGAUAACAACACGUUGACAAUUGUACAAAACGUCCAUCCGUUAUUGCAAGAUAGGGUUGAGAAUGCCGCCAAUGCGGAUAGUAGCCCAGAUCCUGAAGUUUUGUUAUCUGACGAUAAUGGAGAAACUCCUCAAGUAGCUAUUAAUGAAACGAAGGUACCAGUACACAUAGAUAAUGUUGAUCAUAUUAAUCUUAGUGAUAAUAACACUCUCACAGCAAUUCGUAACGCUAAACUAAAAACUUUUGGCGAAGAAGACAGAUUAAAACAGGAUGCCGAAAAUGAUAGUAUUAAAGAUGCUGCAUCAGGAUUGGACGGCAAGCACCAUAUAAGACAAAACAUUCAUGGGAGUUCACAAGAUUCAACUGUAACAGCUGUCAAUGACACUCAUCAAAAUACAACAGACAGAACCAACGACACUCUCGGAACAGUCUUGGAGAAUGGUACAGAUGUCGAAGACAACAACAGUGGCACAAAUAACAUUACAAAGGAUAAUUCAACUUUUGUUAGACCCACUGUGAACACCAAUCACAAAGUAGCUGAUAAAACCAACGUUGACAACGCAUCCGUCAUCACUGUAAAUAACGUCCACCAAUUUGAUGUCAAUAAGAAUGACACAAUGACCAUCAUUCAUAAUGUAAAACCACUACAUGAUCACAAUUCAACUCGAGCAAAUCAAAGUCGGGUAGCUGAUAUAAUUCGAAAAGAAUUACUUCUCCACUACAAUCGAAAGAAACAUCAUAUUCAUCCAUUAAAUGAUAUAGAACAUCUAAACAAAAGUGCAAGAAACACAAUCCAGGAACGCAAGAAACAUCCUGUGACGGCAGAUGUAAAGGCAUCACCACUCGUCACUGCAUCUAAAAACAGCUUGUCCAAGAAAGGACUUAAUGCUUCCUCGGAAAUGAAAAAUAACAGCUUACCUCUUGAAGUUAAAAACGUACAUCACCAUUUCAUAGAUGUCAAUAAUACCUUAAGUAUUACCCAAAAUGUUAAAAAAUUGCCCCAGCAAAACAAAACUGGAAAUAGUAAAAAAUCAACAACAGAAUUUUCAUCCGUACUUCAAGAUCUGAAGAGCCUCUUAUUCAACGGGAUAUUCCCCGAGCCUCUCACAGGUAAAACCACUCGUGACCACCAAGCAGGAAAAAAACAUGAUGUUGUAUUGUUUGGAUCACGUGGUCGAAAUUUUCGAAACAACGUGUUGCUAAGUAACAAUACUUUGGUAAAGGCGGAGAAAACAGAAUGGACACCGAAGAAAACUAACGUGCCAAAUUAUGAACAGUUGUAUCACGAGUUUGAACUUCUAAGAAAACGAAGGUCAACAAAGAAGCAACGGGGGAAAGGACGCAAGAAAAAGCAGGUUCAGAGUAUCCUCGAACGGAGAAAUAUUUGUAAAUCAGUAUGGAAACUCCUGAAUGAAUUGGAACCUUUAAAAAAGCGAGCAUCAGUCGCAAAACUACAUCGUGCAAUUAAACGAUAUAAAACAGAUUGUGUAACGUUAUCAGAUGUAAAAAGUUUCCGUGUCACAAAAGAUGCAAAUGGAAGCGAUAUUUUAAAUAUCGUUCAAAAUGUUAAAAAGAUAACACCUCAGAAACAUCAGACCAAGUCAACUGAAGGAGUAGUGAGAGAUUUAAUUCCUUCUCAAAUAGGACAACUGCAGCCUUCGAAUAUAAAACCAUUACCUCCAGUUGGUCACGACCCAACUGAAGAUGAACCAGUACAUUAUGAUCCAAAUGCUGAGGAGAAUCGGCAACCACAAAAGCCAGCAGCUCCAUCACAAGCGCAAGUGUCAUCUUCACCGCCGCCACAACCGCUGGCAUCACCACCUGCAAAGCAACAAGAAGCAGCACAACCACCACAACCACCGCAACCAAAACAACCAGCAGCUUCACCACAAGCACAAGUGUCAUCGCCACCGCUGCCACAACCGCCGGCACCACCACCUGCAAAGCAACAAGAAACAGCACAUGUGCCACCUCUAGCGCCAUUACAACCACCACAACCAGUAGCACCACCCCUGCUGCAACCACCGGCUCCACCACCUGCAAAACAGCAAGAACCACCACAACCGCAGGAACACCCAACACAGGAUCAAAUUGCGAAAGGAGGCGAAGAAAAACCCAAACAACAGAAGUCCACUGAAGAAAGUAUGCAAACAGAUGAAGAUGAUAACCAAAAAACAGACGAUAACGGGCCACCAGUAGAAGCAGAUGGCAAGCCCCAUGCUGAUUCUGGUCCCCAACCAGAAAAAGUAGAGGAAAAUUCAGCUAAUGUACCUACAGAAAGGCCUAAUGUAAACGAAACAGCGCCAGAUGUGGGUGAAUCUGGCAAAAAUGAAGUUAGAACUAACUCGCAUGGUCUGUCGAAUAGCAAACAUCCAAAGAAAGGGAAUGGUAAUCAGGAUGAAUCGAAGUUAAAGAAAGAAGGAAAAAGUGUUGAUACUACCUUUGAAGCUGGCUUACAAGAAGAGGAGAAAAACAAAGCUAGUGGUAACUUACCAGACGAUAGCAACGAAUCAGAACAUACAGUAAACAGCAAACCAAUAAAAGACAGUGAUGGAAACAUUGACCUUGGAGCGCAACAACUUGAGCAUGGUAGCAAAGCUACGAAACAAACAAAAAACGAACAAAACGCCGCUAACUUAUCUGGCAUGGCUAAUCUUACCACAUAUAACCAAGCCAUCAAUAUUAGUGCUUUUGAAACGGCAAUAAUGGAACUUUUAAAUAGAACAGCACCACGAGCAAAACCAACAAAAAGUGAAAAAGAAGCAAUGGAAAACUUAAUGAACAAAAAAUAUCCCGAAUUAAAAUUACCACAGAAAAAUGGAGACUACGUGCCCCCGUCGGCGGAGGACGAGAUGAAUGAAAAAAGCGAACCUCCACCGAAACCCGUGACUACAAAAGCUAAACCGCAUCUUCGCCCACCAUUGCCACCAAUACAGGAACCAGAAAAGUCUGAGAGUGAUAAAGAUGAAGACCUUACGCGUAUAGUAGAUUCAACACCGACAGAAAGUGCAUAUGCUGAUGAUAAACCCACCCCUCCACCACAACCUUCUCCACCACCACAUCCACCUCCACCACCACCACCAACACCUACAGCGGAAAAUGAAGGUAACAACAAUGCCGCCGACAAUAGCGAACUAGUUGACACCACAAGCAAAGACAAACCAAACGUUAUUAUACAAAUAGGGCAACAGCAGGAUCCAGUCAAGCUGAAAGAGGGAAAUAAAGAUGCAGAGCAAGAAGAGAGUCAACAAGACAAGGUUGAGCCAAUAAGUCAUGCACAAGAAAAAACCGAAUCAACGAGUCAAACGCAAGAUAAAGCUGAAACAACGAGUCAAGCACAAGACGAUCAAGCAUCUGGUAUCAACCGAGUUGCAGUAAACACAGAAGGAAAAAAUCAAGCUAUCCCUUUAAUACCAAUCCCACAAGAAAGUCCUUUAGGCAAGUUGCUUUAUCCUGCUCUGGAACCUCCGUCGCCAGAUUCAAAUGGUUCACCUCCACCAUCUGAAGCCAAUGCCAGCGUCUCACCAGCCAAUGAAAACUCUAAAAAUGCAGCAACAACAAAUGCUAACGUUAUCCGUUUAUCUCCAUCAUUAAACGGUAAAUUCACACCAAACGUUACAACCACAACGAGCAGUGACGGCUACACUCAGAUCGUAAUCGAUCAAACUAAGCAACUUUUAAGACAAAAUAAAAUAAAUAGAGAAGAUUUAUUAAAAAUACUGCAAGUGUCGCGAAAUGGUAACACACGCUUUCAAAUACCCACAUACAAGAUAAAUAAAAACGUAAAAAUAAAUAAGAAACAAAGCGAUAAAUCUCUCACUCGCUCCAACGUCGAUCACGUGACUGUGGACAAGAAGGCGCAGGAGAUUAUGAACAGUAACAUGCAAGGAAGUAUUCACAUCUCCUUACUUAAUAGAAAUGGACAAGUUGUCUUGGUUCCAAAUGAGAAAGAAGCAUAUGAAAGGAAACUUAUACCCCAAAUAAGAAACUUAACCGAUAUUAAAUACGCAUUUAAAGAUCCACUGCAGAAAAAACAAACGUAA